AUGGCUCGUUUAAUUCUUCGUAAAAAUAUAACGAACAUUUUUUAUUCUUCUCUCUUCCAUUCUAACUUUUUUCGAUUUUAUUCAACGUACCCGUCCUCUCCUUCCAAAAUCAAAAUCAAAUCUAAUUCGGAUCAAAUAUAUGAUUUUCGGAGUGAUACAGUAACUAAACCGACUGAUGAAAUGUUUGAUAUUAUGCGUAAUGCAUCACGAGGGGAUGAUGUAUAUAAUGAAGAUGAAUCUACUUAUGAACUUGAAACUUAUAUAGCGGAAUUAACAGGACAUGAAACAGCUUUAUUUGCACCAUCUGGUACAAUGACCAACCAAAUAGCAAUUCGAGCACAUUUAUCAACACCGCCACAUUCGGUAUUAUGCGACUUUAGAUCCCAUAUUUAUAAUUACGAAGCCGGAGGAAUAGCAUAUCAUUCUCGGGCUUCCGUUACACCGCUAAUACCAUCCAACAAAUUAUUCUUAACCUGUUCCGAAAUUGAAUCAGAAUUAAUUACAACAGAUGAUAAUCAUUACGCACCAACUCGUGUAAUCUCUUUAGAAAAUACAUUACAUGGUUUACUCUUUCCUCUUAACGAAAUUCAAAAAAUUUCUAAAUUAGCUAAAAAAACGAACAUAAAAUUGCAUUUAGAUGGAGCAAGAUUAUGGAAUGCAUGUGCUGAAACUGGCUUAUCUUUACAAAAGUUUACAGAAAAUUUUGACUCAAUAAGUAUAUGUUUAUCAAAAGGUAUUGGUGCACCAAUUGGUUCAGUGCUAGUAGGUAAUAAAGAAUUUAUUAAAACUGCCAAACAUUUAAGAAAAUUAUUCGGGGGUGGUUGGAGACAAUGUGGUUCAUUAGCUGCCGCCGCUAAAUAUGCUAUUAUUUCCAAUUUUCCAGAUAAUUUAAAAAAAUCUCAUUUGUUAACUAAAACAUUAUCUAAUGAAUUACUUAAUCUAGGUAUUCAUGUUACUCUUCCUGUUCAUACUAAUAUGAUUUUUAUUGAUACUAAAUCAAUUAAUAUUACGACUAGAGAAUUAGCUAAUAGAUUAGCUUCACACAACAUUCUUAUUUCUGGUAACAAUUCUACUACUACUAGAUUAGUUUUGCAUUAUCAAAUUCCUCCUAUUUCCAUUGAAAAAUUUAUUGAUGUAGUUGCUAAUAUUAUAAAAGAGAAAAUUUUUUUAAAAAAACUAUAA